AAUAAAGCGAAGUCGUAAUUGAUUGGUUUGCGCGGCGCGUAAUCUCGCCAUAUUUUAUCCUCUUUUACGUUUCGCAUUGGAUAAAAUUUACUUGCUGAUUUUGAUUUCUUGCAAUUGUGCACCCGUCAGUUCGCUUAUUGCCAAAUCUUGUUUGUUCACCGUAAAGACACUACUAAAAGAUCCAAUAAACAUGGGGACUGUUGCUGGACCAAUUGUUAUCCUUCCUGUGAAGUCUAUCACCAAAUACGAAUUCACACCUGCUGAUACUAUGACUGAAACUCUGAAUAUCUCGGCUGAGGGAACACCUCCCAAAAAGAGGGUUCAAAAGAUAAAAGAGGAGACUCCAAUCAAAGAGAGUUUUGCGGGAUCCAAGAGUCAAGAAGUACACUGCCGGGCCUCUAUAGAGUUUAUCCGACCUGCCAGUGCGCGGCGCAACAAAACACGCUCCUCUGUGUUCGAUAAUACCCCACCUCCCUCAACUCCUAGACGUGUCUCUAACGGUAUCUCUAAAUACGAAUGCACACCUGCUGAUACUAUGACUGAAACUCUGAAUAUCUCGGCUGAAGGAACACCUCCAAAAAAGAAGGUUCAAAAGAUGAAAGAAGAGACACCGGUUAAAAAGAGUUUCGCGGGAUCCAAGAGUCAGGACGUACAUUGCAGAGACUCAAUAGAGUUCACCAGACCAGCCAGUGCGCGGCGCAACAAAAACCGGUCUUCUGUGUUCGACAAUACUCCUCCUAAAUCUACUCCUAGACGUAUUCCUAACGGCAUUGGAGGUCAGCGUUACUCUAGAUCGCCGUACGCCACACACGAGCCAAUGAGUAACGGAAAACAAGACGGAUAUAGGCCCACAACCCCCUUCGCUCAGCACAACCACGUCACCGAACAACAGGUAUUUUCACCUCGAAGAGAAAGAACGAUCACUCCCAUGGUGAAAACCCCUGUCCCCCCACCCUUCGUUCGACCUCCUCCUGGUGGAUAUUCCAGCAACAUUUUCGGAUGAAGAUAUUAUCGGACUUAGUUAUCGCAUUCCAUCGUUCUUUGGAGCAUGGAUUUUGUUACAUGAACAUGGAUUCUUGUAGAUACAAUGCAUUUUACAUGUUGGAAAAUUAUGAUCUCAUUAACAUAAAUAUUUAGAAGUCAAGUUAUAAAGUUGUCCUUCAAAAGACUGAAAUUACUCUAAUUUUGGCGUGUAAACGAUAGUACUAUAAUUUAACUCUAAUCAUAGCUGACUAAGAUGGUAUAGCAAAAUAUUUGCAAAGCUGCAACCUUAACUCGCUUGUCGCUUUUACCGUUGAAAAUCUGAGAAAGCUAAUUUUUGAAUUUUUAAAUUUUUCACUUAUAUAUCACAAUUUAUUUCUUUUUCAAGCAACGAUGUAAUUUUGUACCUUUCUAUCGAAACUUAACUUGAAUUUUCGUGCAAUCUAUCUGCACAUUAAUCUAUAAGUUAUCCCACAGUUUUGAGUAAUUUAUUCUGCUUUAAAUUGGAAUUUUGAG